AUGUGCAAAACCAAGUGUUUGCUAGCGAUCCUCGCUAUCUCCGUCAAUCUAGUUUAUUCAUGGGAUAUCGCAAUUACCACUGGGGACCAAUUAGAAUUUUAUACAAAUCAAACGAAAACAAGCAAUGAAGGGAUCAGGUUUAGAGAUCUCACUGCACUCGCUUAUGACGCAGUACACAAUAUGCUGUUGUUCGUCGACAAACAGAACGACAAUGCUUCGAUAUUUAGCUACAAUUUGCUAACUAGGAAAUAUCAGCCUCUAGUUGGCAGGAAAUCUUAUGAGAAUAUUCAAGGUUUAGCUUUUGAUCCCGUAAAGGGUAAGAUGUUCUGGACAGAUACUAAUGAAAGAAGCAUAUAUUGGAUAUCUUUGUGGCCAAGAUCUAAAAACAACAUUUAUGGAAACCUUUUAAUGAAGAUGGAUGAUGAGAUCCCCAGGGACAUAGCCGUUGAUAGCUGUAGAGGUUACAUUUAUUGGACUAAUACCAACAUUACAAAACCAACAAUUGAAAGAGCACGCUUUGACGGCAGUGAAAGGAAAAUCAUUGUCGACACUGAUAUCCACAUGCCGGUCAGCAUUGCGAUAGAUCAACGUACAAGGCGACUGUACUGGGCCGAUGACAAAGAAGGCAUACACUACUCAAUCGAAUCGUCAGAUUUAGAGGGGAAAGAUAGAAAGAAACUGUUACUUGGAACAUAUCAUCAACCUAAUGCUUUAACUGUAUCAAAAGAUAAUAUUUAUUGGGUAGACUGGGGAUUCAAAUCAGUAUGGAAGCUGUCCAAAAAUGAUCCUCCUAAUACAGAGCCAGAAGAACUUAUCGCUUUCUCUAAUGAAGUUCCUUUCGGGAUUGUGGCAAAUUACCAGAUAGCUGAACAAACGACUGGUGUGUCCGAAUGUAAAUCUUUAGCAGAACUGUCUGACAAUAGAACUUUAAUUAAUGAUGCGAUAAAUAUACCUAAAGAUGUCGGUCUGUUUUGCUUACAUGGCGUGAAAACAGGAAUGUCAGCGUGCAAGUGUUCGCCGGGCUAUGUUGGCGACCGGUGCGAGAUAUCGGUAUGCCAAAAUUAUUGUUUGAAUGGCGACUGUAUUGCCACAAAUGAAGGUCAACCUAAAUGCAAAUGUAAGCAAAGUUUUACCGGCACUAGAUGUGAAACGAAUAUUUGCUACGGCCGUUGUUUGAACGAUGGCGAGUGUUUGAUAAAAGAUGACAAGCCCGUGUGUAAAUGUACUAACAACUUUGAAGGCGAGCGAUGUGAAAAUAGGAAAGUGGAAGAAGUUUUGCCAGUACCAACCAUCGAGCAAUGCAAUUGCACCAAAGAAAAUACAUCGAGAAGUUUAUUACAAGACACUAGUGAUGUAACAUACGUAGAUGGCAAUUGUUAUACGGGAUGGGAUUCAGUUAGGGAUCCCAUUUUAAUGUUUUUGGGUGUUUUAUGUGGGAUACUUUGCCUUAUAUGUGCUAUGCUCAUCACUAAAAUAUUAUAUUUGAAGCGAAGGCCAAGGAUAAAGAAGAGGAUAAUAGUGAACAAAAAUGUGACACCGCUUACGGCUCGACCGGACCAAUGCGAGAUAACUAUAGAGAACUGCUGUAACAUGAACAUCUGUGAAACUCCGUGCUUUGAACCUAGAAACGCGAUACGACCGACUCUAAUGGACUCCAAGCCCGGGAAAGAAGAGAAGAGAAAUCUAAUAGCUAAUAUGGAACAAGAUGAUAUAUAU